AUCUUCCCAGGCUUGCUCAACUCGUUGAUUUUGAUGAGAAGUCAUCUCAUCUGAGCUCUAUUGAGCCUUUCCAAGAAACUCAAUGGUCAAUUAUGUCAUACUGCAACGGUUUUGGUGAUCUGGUCAAACCGCGGGGUAAUUCCUCUUGAGCUGCUGGUUUUUAGGUACACCCAAUCAUCGGAAUGAAACACCAGCCAAAUUAGAAUACAUGGUUACGGCUACCAGAUAUGCUCUGGGUCUUUGAUGAGCCUGCCAAGGAACAUCCUUUUCCCCUUUUUGCGGGGUAUCUUAUCUGAUGAUCUGAUAAUUCUCACCGACAUGGGGUUUUAGUGUUCGGGGCUUUGCUGCGUUGCGUGGUCAGAUGGAGUCCCGAGGUUGGACCCUUCCGUCUUUCCUUUUCUUUCAUCUUUUUCGAGGGAUUCUCGCCACACCAAAGUGGAUGCAGGGCGUGCUGGAUUGAAUUAUCCAUUUCUGGCCGCCCGUACGUUCUUCGAAAUAAUUUAUAUCACAGCUUUUGUGACUCAAACCACCCCGCCCGAUGCCACUGGUCGCAGCUAUGCUCACGAGAAGCAACGGUGCGCGGAAGAAGGCGACCUCGGUAGUUCAGUCCUCAAUCUGUCGCGACCAGCAACGGCCAAAUCACACCACCAUAACGUCGGUGAUAUCAGUGUCUCAGCGACGUCACUUCUCCUCGGCUGAGAAUGGCGCAAAGCCCAGCCGAAGCCACCCUUCUGCUGCCGAAGCAAAGCAGAAGAGAGAGUCAGACAGGGAGUUUUUGAUUUCAGUACUGGAGUCGUCGGCGACCAAGCGGGAUGCAAAGGCAUACCUUCAGACCUAUGGGUCAUCGAAAGCCAGAGCGGUGCCAAAGGAAUCACCAGCUUUUACCGCCCUUGUGAGCGACAAAGCAAUCCCAGAAGCCAAGGAUGUGUCAUUUUUCGUCCAAGGCUCCGUUCCAGUGGAAUCUCUAGAGGCCGAUGAAGUACCACGUGUGGCGAUUGUGAAGCUUCGCGAGCCUCAGACGUGGGAUGACACUUUACUGGGUGGCGUCGCUAAGACGCUCACCCGGCUGCGAGAUCUGGGUCUUCGAAGUGUUGUUGUUCUCGAAUGCAGCACAGAGAAAAGCUCAGUUCUGGAUUGGAAAGAUGUGGUGACGCAACAAACAGACCGACUUCAGAAAGCCAUUCAAAAGUAUGGCACACCAGGCGCGGAACUUGUUGAUGGAGGCAUCUGGAAACGGAGUACAACUCCACCAAGCGCUUCGUCUCUUGGUCAUACUAAGCUCUCCGUUGGCUUUGGGCAGGCAUUCACCGCGCCGCUCAGGCAUGGCCAUAUCCUAGUGGUCCCCUCUCGGGCAGUGGUCGAAGAGACUCUAGAGCACACGGCGGCUGACGCAAAUGAAGUGAUCUUUGCUUUGGCCAAAUACUUUGCUGGGCUUCAGGUCAAUGCUGGCCAAAAUCAAACCCGGACCGCUGUGGUAGACAGGGUGAUCAUCAUCGACCCCUUUGGUGGAAUUCCCGCUAGGAACCUGGGCGAUGGCGCGCGGGUAUUUAUCAAUCUCGAAGAACAGUUCAACAGCAUCAAGGCGACCCUGAGUGCAGCGGAACCACAGGAUAACGGGAGCCCAAUACCUGGUAUCUCAGGCAACCCGAAAGCUUCACACAUCGAAAACCUAGAGCUCGUCAAGAACAUACUAGCAAUCCUGCCCUCGACAGCUUCCGCGGUCAUAACCAGCCCAAUCGAAGCCGCAAACCUACAGUCGAAUCCAGCAUAUGAUAUCAGAAGAGACGCCGAGGAGGCUAUGGCAGGUGAAGUCAAAACACGAAGAUGGCAGAAUCCCAUCAUUCACAACCUUCUCACCGACCGGCCGAUAUACUCGGCGUCUCUACCCAUCGGCCGGAUCAAAUCAACGACAAAUGGUACAUACCAAAGGUCAUCCCGAAUGCCCACCACAACCCUGGCGAAGAAAGGGCUCCCCGUUACCAUCUUCCCCGACACCCGCACACGGUCCUGGAAACCACCUAAACCGGGCACCCCCCGCCUGAAACUAACAGAUACGUGCGUCGACCUCCCCCGACUCAUCCACCUCAUCAACGACUCCUUCGACCGCAAGCUAGACGCAGAGCACUACCUCAACCGAGUCCAAGACUCCCUCGCAGGUAUCAUCAUCGCCGGCGAGUACGAAGGCGGUGCGAUCCUCACCUGGGAACGACCAUUCGGGCUUGACGAGGAGACAGCGUACAACUCGGGUAGAUUAGUGCCCUACCUGGAUAAGUUUGCCGUGCUGAAGAAGUGUCAAGGGGCGGGAGGUGUGGCAGAUAUUGUGUUCAAUGCCAUGGUGAGGGAUUGUUUCCCGAAUGGGGUGUGCUGGAGGAGCAGGAAGGAUAACCCGGUGAAUAAGUGGUAUUUUGAGAGGAGCAGGGGGGUGAGAAAGUUGCCCGGGAGUAACUGGGCGAUGUUUUGGACGACGCCGGAGGCCGCGGUGAAGGAUCAGGUCAUGGAGGACUAUGAGGAUGUUUGUAGGGGUGUUGUGCCGAGUUGGGCUGAUUCGAAAGCGGCGGAUUGAAAGGUGACGGUUACAUAUGGAGAAUGAUAAGAACUUAUCUAGCAUACCAUACUUCAACAACUGCAUUUCGAGUAUAUCGAUGCCGAUGUUUCAAGUGGAAAGUAUUUACCAUGGACUUCAUGCUGCCGAGGAUACACAAAUCACUUGUCAUUUAUAUACAUAUAUAUCG